CAAAACCGGCGGCAGGGGCUUCGGGAAGGCGAGCGAGCAGGACGGCGAAAGAAGUUGCUUGGAGCGCCUUUGGAGAGUUUGGAGGGCUGGCGUGGCGCGCGGGCCCGACGCCCCAGGGAGCGCGCGCGGAGCCGGGGGCCCCCUUCGCAAGGAAGGGCCGGGAGGGGGGUCUCCGACAGGGGUCCGGGGUUCGGACUGGGCCGGACUGGGAGCUUUCCCCCCACUGCGCGCUCCUUCGAUGCUGGCGAUGAUGAGCGAGGGCGAGGGCCAAGCCUUGCGGGCGCCCAGCCCGGCCGACGGCGGGUCCCUCUCCCCGGACAACUCCGACUCGGAGGCGCCGUCCUCUCCCAACGGCUCCGAGGGCGCGGCGGGGGCGGCGGGGGCGCAGAAGCGGGCCAAGGAUGCCGGGGAGGCGCCGAGCCCCUCGGAGGCGGACGAGCGCUUCCCGGCCUGCAUCCGCGACGCCGUGUCCCAGGUGCUGAAGGGCUACGACUGGAGUCUGGUGCCCAUGCCCACGCGGGGCCACGGCGCGCUCAAGGCCAAGCCCCACGUCAAGCGGCCCAUGAACGCCUUCAUGGUCUGGGCGCAGGCGGCGAGGAGGAAGCUGGCCGACCAGUACCCGCACCUCCACAACGCCGAGCUCAGCAAGACCCUGGGCAAGCUCUGGCGCCUGCUCAGCGAGAGCGAGAAGCGUCCCUUCGUGGAGGAAGCGGAGCGGCUGCGGGUCCAGCACAAGAAGGACCACCCCGACUACAAAUACCAGCCCCGGCGGAGGAAGAGCGUCAAGGCCGGCCAGAGCGAUUCGGACUCCGGGGCCGAACUGGGCCACCAUGGUGGGGGCCAGGUCUACAAGACUGACACCGGGCUGGGCUCCAUGAGCGAAGGCCACCACCACGGAGACCACGCAGGGCAGCCCCACGGGCCCCCGACCCCUCCGACCACCCCGAAGACGGACCUCCACCACGGGGCCAAGCAGGAGCCGAAGCACGAAGGCCGGCGGACGGUGGAGAGCGGCCGGCAGAACAUUGACUUCAGCAACGUGGACAUCUCCGAGCUGAGCAGCGAAGUCAUCAACAACAUGGAGACCUUCGACGUCCACGAGUUCGACCAGUAUUUGCCGCUCAACGGCCACUCGGGUCUGUCCUCGGCGGCGGCAGAACAUGGGCCAAACUCCACGGUGGCGGGAGGUGGCUCUUACGGGGCACCGUACGGCGGAGGAACGGCCCCGGUUUGGACCCACAAAAGCCCCAGUUCUGUAUCUCCGUCCUCUGAAGCUGGGCAGCAACAGCGGCCGCACAUCAAGACGGAGCAACUCAGUCCCAGCCAUUAUAACGACCAGGCGCAUGGCUCGCCGACCCACUCCGAUUAUGGGUCGUACGGCGCCCAAGCGAGCGCCACAACGGUCUCCGCAGCACCGGCCACGGCCUCCUUCUCCGGCUCCCAGUGUGACUACACUGACCUACAAAGUUCCAGCUACUACAACCCUUAUUCGGGAUACCCUUCCAGUAUCUAUCAGUAUCCCUAUUUCCAUUCCUCACGCCGCCCUUACGCCACCCCGAUCCUGAACAGCCUCUCCAUCCCGCCGUCGCACAGCCCCACCGCCAACUGGGACCAACCCGUCUACACGACACUGACAAGGCCCUGAAAGAGGACCAAAGUGGGGGGACGGUGACUCCGACAUGGUCUCCUUUCCCCUAAAACAAUAACAUUGAGGUGGGGCAAGCUUGUAUUCGGCUGCUCCAGAGACUAGGACACCACGGAGCCAUGGUGUCAGAUUGCGGUCCAGUGGAGUCUCCUUCUCCAGAAGUCUUGGGUGGCCAUCUGUCGGGAAGGCUCGGAUGGUGUCUGUCAAUGGCAGAAUGGGGUCCCUUCCAGCUCUAGGAUUCUGCAUUUCUCUGAUGCUAUGUAUGCACUACACAAAUGAGGGGGGAAAUGGAAAAGAAUACCUUUCGCGGAGCAUCGGUUCGUUGUCUCAAGUGCCUCCUCUUUCUUCUCCUCCAGGACAUUUCAAAGAUUCUAUUUUCUCUAUUAAUAAUAAUAAUUAAUAACAAGCGGCGGAGGAAAAAUUAAUAAUAAUAAUAACAGUAACAACUUAUGACCAGUCUUUUGGAGAAAUGACGGACGAGAUGUUCUAACUUUUCUAUGAGGCCUUGGAAAAGCAAGAUUCGAAUGCAAGACCAUUACGAAAGAGGAGGAGACGACGGUGUCCAAGGGUCCGUUGCAAUUGGGACACAACAAAUCCAAGUCGGUUCCCAAAAAUAAAACUGAACCGUCAAAAAGGACCAUUCGAGGAUCUGCUGGGACCGAAUGACUAACGUCAGCUUUUCUUGGUUUUCGUUGCAAUUUAGUUGCAAUUAAUGUUAUUGUUGGGAAGCUUGCAAACAAACCAGAAGCGUGUUAAAGCUCCGAAAAAGAAGCAAAAGGAAAGUUGUUUUUAUUUUAUUUUUUUUGGUUUGGGGGGCAAGGGCGUAAACCUGUUAAAUAUGUAUUUAUGUUCUGUGUCAUUUUGGUCUUUUUGGUUUGUUUUUUUAAUUAAUGGAGUAAUUCUGUGCAAGAAGUAGAUUUUCUUGAAGGAAAGAAAGAUUUGUUUUCCAAAAAGCGAUAUUUUCCCAACCAUUCAUAUCAGAUUAAACUGGAUCAAGGGGUGUGUCUAUACCAGGCAUGGGCAAACUUUGGCCCUUCAGGUUUUUUGGACUUCAACUCCCACAAUUCCUAACAGCUGUCAAACUGCAUUAAGUCCACCGUGUGGACGCACCCCCCCCCCCCAAAUUGAGAUAAUGUGGAUUUUCCAGAAUGAGUUCUCGCUCACAUUCCCUUAUCUCUUUCCAAGGGAGAGAGAGAGAAAAAAAACCUAAUUCACAAAUCCAGCAACCCAUUCCAACUACUGUAUAUUAUUAUUAUUAUUAUUAUAUGCAUGUAGUCUUACAGGAGGAACUACCGCUAAAUGCAAGCAAAAUGUGAAUUUUGGGAGAUUUCCUUUCUCCGAGGAGAGAGGAACACCAAUGGAUUUUUCCAAUGCUUGAACCGAUUGCUUUGGCAUUGGAAGCCAACAUUGGAAAGAUAUUGAUUUUACAUGGAAGUUAUAGAUUCAGUUUCACUUUUUAGGGACCAGAGGUUCAGCCAUCCAAGCUGUGAAAAACAAAAGGGUUCUCUGCUAUGACAUGGGUUAGUUUUUAGACUCCCGACUAAUUCUUUUCCUCGACAUGUGUCCCCAUUGUAUGCUGAGCAUAUAAUAACCGCCUCCUUUAAUGACAAUGUUGUGCCUUUUUAAAAAAAACGAGAAAAAAACUUUAUAAAACUUUCAGAGGUUGUCUUAUCUUUUUGUUUUCUUGAAAUGAUUCCUUUCCUCUUUUUGUUUUGAAAGGGGGAAAACGCCUUUGGGGAAUUUUUUUCGGGGGGGUUGAGCACGGAAAUGCCUUUUUAUGCAAUCUUAUAAUUUGUUUUUCCUCCUGUUUGGUCAUCUGUUUGAUCUGUUCUCGUCACUCGCUUCCAACUAAGUCAUGCUAACUUUUGUACAGAUCCAUUUCAUAAAAUUAAAGAAAAAGUCUUUUAUUCAA